CUCAAACCUGAGUAGGACAAGUCAACAGCUGUUGAGAAACAUAGUUUGGGGGUUUUUGUCGGAACAAUAUUCCUGUUUGUUUGCACAAACAAAACCUCUUUCUACCUUUCUUAGACUUCAUUACCCCGAUUAAUUAACAAUGGGCUGGAAGGUGAUGAACAUUUUGCUACCCUUGUUGGUGCUUUGCUUGUGGCGGCUACAGGAAGGAGCAGACGCCUGCAAAUGCCUCGUGAGACAUCCGCAGGAGGUGUUUUGUCAAGCAGACGUUGUCAUCAAGGCAAAGGUAUUGGGAGGGAAGACUGACAGUGACAAACUCAUUAAGUACAUCAUCAAACAGACCAAGAUGUUCAAGGGCCCGAAAAGGAAUUUCGAUGCAGUCUACACUGCGUCCAGCUCUGUAGCAUGUGGAGUCACUCUGAAAAAAGGAACCAUGUAUCUACUCAUGGGCAAACUGGAGUCCAAGGGCUUGCUGCGCAUCACCGGGUGUGAUUUCUUUCAGCCUUGGAGUUCCGUGAGCGCUGGACAAAAGCGCCUGUUGCGGCGCUAUGAAAAGGGCUGUGAUUGCAAGAUCGUACGCUGUACCUCCAUUCCAUGCGGCAUCAGCAACCCAGCUGAGUGCUUGUGGACGCAAUUCCUGCCGAUAAAAAUGGCUAGCAACGAGCAGGCCCAAAAUUUUGCUUGCCUCAAGAAAGGCUACGGCUAUUGUGCUUGGACCAAGGCAUCUGGUUCUCCCUAAAUCAGGUUCAUGAGCAUCAAAGGCCAUAACUUUUGAAAUAAACUUUAAAAAA